AUGCUAAACAUAUUUGUAACUUUCAAUAUUUUCUUUUCUCGUUAUUUUUCGUCUUUUAUUUCAAUGUCGUUUCCUUCUUCCCUCUCCAUUUUUCUUUUCAUAUAUACUAAAUCAGUCCUUUCCAACACUACUUCCACUAUCUUGCACAUUUUUUACUUGUUACUCUUAAUUUCCCUCUUCUUCUCCCCACCCCAGUAUUUCUCCUACCCUCACUCUACCAUUUCUCCUCCGACCCCGCUAUUUCUCCUAACCUCACUCCAUUAUUUCUCCUUCCACCCCACUAUUUCUCCUACUCUCACUCCACUAUUUCUCCUACCCUCACUCCACUUUUUUAUCCUCCCACCCCACUAUUUCUCCUCUCGCCCCACUAUUUCACCUCCGACCCCGCUAUUUCUCCUACCCCACUCCACCAUUUCUCUUACCCUCACUCCACUAUUUCUCCUCAGACCCCACUAUUUCUCCUACCCGACUCCACCAUUUCUCCUACCCUCACUCCACUAUUUCUCCUCCCACCCCACUAUUUCUCCUACUCUCACCCCACUAUUUCUCUUACCCCACUCCACCAUUUCUCCUACCCUCACUCCACUAUUUAUCCUCCCACCCCACUAUUUCUCCUACUCUCACUCCAAUAUUUCUCCUACCUUCACUCCACUAUUUCUCCUCCCACCCCACUAUUUCACCUACCCCAUUCCACCAUUUCUCCUACUCUCACCCCACCAUUUCUCCUCCGACCCCACUAUUUCUCCUACCCUCACUCCACUAUUUCUCUUACCCCACUCCACUAUUUCUCCUACUCUCUCUCCACUAUUUCUCCUCUCACCCCACUAUUUCUCCUACCCUACUCCACUAUUUCUCCUACGACCCCACUAUUUCUCCUACUCUCACCCCACUAUUUAUUCUCCCACCCCACUAUUUCUCCUACUCUCACCCCACUAUUUCUCCUCCAAUCAUCUUUUAAUUAUAUUCUUCGCCCUCUCCCUCAUUAUACCGUUCCACUUCGCUCGUUCCUCUCUUUACUUUUACUUAUAA